AACUGACAUUUCCAUGUUGUGUAUUGAAGCCGGGUGGAUAGUUUAGUGGACCGAGGGUGUCUCGUGUUUUCGAGGAUUUGUUAUUAUUUGCUUGAGUGUGUAUAGGAGAUUGGGAAAUUGGCUUACUUCUUCAAGAUUGCUUUUGGAGUUGUCAGCCAAUUAACAACUGGAAGAACGUUGUGAAUUGGAUCGAUUAAAACGGUUGGGUGUAGCACAUCAGUCCGUUUGGUAUUGGAUAGGUUAUGAUCUUUUGAUUUAAGGACACCACUAAAACUUCAAAAUGCCUAAGGAACAGUUUCGUGAAGCCGAUGUUAUAAAGAAAAUCUCCCAUGUCCAAUUUCGUAUGGACAGUGCGCAAGAGAUUCAACAAGAAUCUCAUAUCCGCAUUAUAUCGAAAAACUUAUACGCAGGUAACAGACAACCGGUCCCUUAUGGAGUUCUUGAUAGGCGCAUGGGAGUAAGCUCCAAAGAUGCAACUUGCUUGACUUGCAAUCAGGGCCUAAACGAAUGUGUGGGCCAUUUCGGAUAUUUGGAUCUUGCCUUACCAGUUUUCCAUGUUGGCCAUUUCCGUUCCACAAUUUCGAUAUUGCAAAUGAUUUGCAAAACCUGCUCGCAUGUCAUGAUGAAAAAAGUAGACAAAGACAAAUUUAUGCGUCGUUUAUUAAACCCAGAUCUGUCGUAUUUAGCUAAAAAGGCGAUCCAUUCACAAGUUCUAACUAAAGCAAAAAAGCAUACGAAGUGCCCAAAUUGUGAUGCGAUCAACGGGACAGUGAAGAAAGGUCCUGGUCUUAUGAAAAUUCUACACGAACCGUUUCGUGGAAAGAAAAAAACGGAUGCUAUCGUAUCGAAUGCGUUAGAAGAGUUACUUUUGAAAACAGAAGGAAAUCGAGAAUUAAAUCAAAUGAUUGGAAUGCCGGCGUUGAUGGAGGAAUUAAAUCCACUUAUUGUGUUGGAGCUAUUCAAAAAUAUUCCCAAAGCAGACGUUCCACUUUUAGGAAUGACAUCAGAAGGAGCGAAUCCUGUUAACUUAAUUGUGACGAGAGUUUUUGUGCCACCGGUUUGUAUUCGGCCAUCCGUGGUUUCUGACGUGAAAGCUGGAACGACGGAGGAUGAUCUUACAAUGAAACAAAGUGAAAUAUUACUCAUCAAUGAUGUUAUUAACAAACAUAUGACAAGCGGCGGAAAAAUCGAAUUGAUUCAAGAAGACUGGGAUUUUCUGCAAUUGCAUGUCGCUCUGUACUUCAACAGUGAAGUGUCAGGGGUGCCGAUAAAUAUGAUACCAAAAAAGUCAACUCGUGGUAUUGUUCAACGUCUGAAGGGCAAACAAGGAAGAUUUCGUGGAAAUUUAUCAGGGAAACGUGUAGACUUUUCAGGAAGGACUGUAAUUUCACCAGAUCCGAAUCUGAUGAUUCAUCAAGUAGGCGUGCCGGAACGCGUUGCGAAAAUUCUAACGUACCCAGAACGCGUGAAUAACGCAAAUAUACAACGCCUGAAACAAUUAGUUAAGAAUGGUACUAACAAGCAUCCAGGAGCAAAUUACGUCCAACAGAGGGGAAGUACUUUAAAGAAGUAUUUAGCGUACGGUAAUCGAGAUAAAGUGGCGCAGGAUCUGAAGUGUGGAGACAUUGUUGAGAGGCAUAUGGCAGACGGUGAUAUAGUGCUAUUUAAUCGUCAACCAAGUUUGCAUAAACUGAGUAUAAUGUGCCACGAAGUGAAAAUCCAGCCACAACGUACUUUCCGCUUCAAUGAGUGCGCAUGCACUCCGUACAAUGCUGAUUUUGAUGGUGAUGAAAUGAAUUUACAUCUUCCACAAACGGAGGAAGCUCGUGCAGAGGCUCUAGUGCUAAUGGGCAACAAAUCUAAUUUGGUGACCCCGAAAAACGGUGAGAUGUUGAUUGCUGCCACACAAGAUUUUAUAACUGGUGGCUACUUAUUGACCCAAAAAGAUGAAUUUUUAACGAAAGAACAAGCCAUGCAGUUGGCUGCCUGCAUGAUCGCUGGACCAGAUUCGAAUAUAAAUAUAGACUUGCCGCUUCCUGCCAUCAUGAAGCCCAGGAAACUGUGGACCGGAAAACAAAUUUUCAGUUUAACUCUCAGACCUAACAAGGACUGCCCAGUUCAAGCAAAUAUGUCAACGAAAGGAAGGAAUUACACAAGCGGUUAUGAUUUAUGUGUGAAAGAUUCUUGGGUUAUAAUAAGGAAUUCUGAGCUUCUGUGCGGCUGUAUGGAUAAGGCAACUUUAGGUUCUGGAACGAAGAAUAGUAUAUAUUAUGUACUUUUGAGGGACUUCGGAGAGAUGCACGCAACAAAGGCUAUGUGGAGACUCGCUAGAAUGGCUUCGUAUUUCAUGAUGAAUCGCGGUUUUUCUUUUGGCAUCGGUGACGUAACACCUAGCUCUAAAUUGUUGGAAGAGAAACAGAAACUUCUUGAUAAAGGUUACAAGAAAUGUGAUGAAUUUAUUCUUGAAAUGAAAAAAGGCACUUUACAAUGCCAACCUGGUUGUACUCCUGAGGAAACUUUAGAAGCAGUUAUGCUACGAGAACUUUCUAGUAUUCGGGAGCAAGCUGCAAAAGCUUGUUUCAGAGAAUUACAUCCAACGAACAGUGCCUUGAUAAUGGCAUUGUCUGGGUCGAAAGGAUCGAAUAUUAAUAUCUCACAGAUGAUCGCUUGUGUAGGUCAACAGGCUAUAAACGGAAAACGUGUUCCUAAUGGUUUCGAGGAGAGAGCACUGCCACAUUUUGAGAAAUUCUCAAAGAUUCCUGCUGCUAGAGGAUUCGUGCAGAAUAGUUUCUACUCGGGACUGACACCUACCGAAUUUUUCUUCCACACUAUGGCGGGUCGUGAAGGUCUUGUAGAUACAGCUGUGAAGACAGCUGAAACAGGUUACUUGCAACGUCGGCUUGUUAAGUGCUUGGAGGACUUGGUGAUACAUUAUGAUGGUUCUGUCCGUAAUGCGAUUGGUGAGAUCGUUGAACUGACCUAUGGAGGCGACGGCUUAGAUCCCGUAUUCAUGGAAGUGAAGAACAAACCAGUUGAUUUGAAUCGGCAGUUAAAUCACAUUAGAGCCAUGUAUCCUUUCCGAUAUGAGACUCCACUUCAGGCUGGUCAGAUUACGACAGCAGUCGAACGAAUAUUGCAAGAAGAUGAAUUUGAGAAUUAUCGCGCAGAUUUUCGAAAAGAAUGUUUCGAGUAUUUGGAAAAAGUCGGCAAACGAGUAUUCGAAAUACAGACUCGGUAUAAACAACAUAAGAAUUUGGCCAAUGAAAUUGAAAGAUAUUCCACCGGACAAUUGAGAAUGUUUCUAAGAAGCGUCAAUGAUAAAUAUAAUAGGGCCGUUGGCGAGCCUGGUACGGCAGUAGGAGCGUUAGCUGCACAAAGUAUUGGUGAGCCAGGAACUCAGAUGACAUUAAAGACUUUCCAUUUUGCUGGAGUCGCUUCCAUGAACAUUACACAGGGCGUACCCCGUAUAGUAGAAAUUAUUAAUGCUACAAAAACGAUCUCAACGCCAAUUAUAACGGCCGAGAUAGAAAAUAAUACAAAUAUGGAGUUUGCACGAAAAGUAAAAGCCAGAAUAGAGAAGACUACUUUGGGAGAGAUUUCCUCAUACGUGGAAGAAGUUUAUAAGGCUUCAACAUGUUUCCUGCUCGUAAAGUUGGACUUGGAUCGAAUCCGCGUUCUAGGUUUAGAAAUUAAUGCCGAAACUAUCCGUUAUUCGAUUUGCACAUCUAAACUCCGGAUAAAACCAAGCCAGGUAGAAAUCCAUGGGUCUUCAAUAAUUAUAAUUCGUCCUGAUUCAACCAAGCAUGGUCAAGCGCUAAAUGCGGAGCUUCAGCGACUAGUUACAGCUAUUCAAAAAGUUGUAGUGGCAGGGUUACCAAAUGUUUCGCGAGCUGUUAUAGCAAUUGAUGAUACUGUUGCUCCCGCCAAAUACAAGCUUUGUGUCGAAGGAGCUGGUCUCCGUGAAGUCAUGGCUACUUAUGGAGUAAUUGGCACAAAAACUCGUAGCAACAACAUUUGGGAAGUAUACAACACCUUGGGCAUAGAGGCGGCACGGACGACUAUAAUGAAUGAAAUCACAGAUGUAAUGGAGGGUCACGGAAUGAGCGUAGAUCAUCGGCACAUUAUGCUUCUAGCAAGUCAAAUGACCAGUCGUGGUGAGGUGCUAGGUAUAACACGACACGGCCUCGCCAAAAUGCGUGAAAGUGUCUUCAACUUAGCAUCGUUCGAAAAAACAGCCGACCAUCUAUUCGAUGCAGCAUAUUAUGGGCAAACAGAUUCUGUAGACGGAGUGUCAGAGAGGAUCAUCCUUGGAAUGCCAGCUACAAUCGGAACCGGUCUCUUCAAAUUAGUUCAUAAUCACGAUGAUAGAGAAGUCCCCGAUCCGGACAUUCCUCUAUUCAAUGCAUUCGAGGAGCAAAAUAUAUGAAAUAUUUUAUAAACAAUUAGCUUUUAUUUAUUUCGUUUCUAAUUUGAUUUUGUCUACAUAAUUCCUCCAUGACCACAUGAUUGUAAGUGGAAUGAAGCAUUAAACCUAAUACUCCGGCGCGGGAGGCCAUGCUAGUACGUAGGUGUCGUUCUUGCUCGAGCAAUUCAUCCAUCUUCAACCAUUGACGAACGCGCUCCAGAUCUAUCUCGGCUCGUCGAAUUUUCUCCCAGACGUAAUGCUUGAAGCAGCUCUUUUUCGGCGCCCUGAAAAAUAAAAAGUACCUCAUCAAUUAUGUAUAUGUAGGAUGGAUAUUAGGAAACAAAAGUAAUAAAAUCUGAAUAUAAUACAAA